CAAGCCCAGGCAGUGGCCUCUUCCAUUACAGCUAACAUUCAAUCACAGGAUCCAUUCUCAGCAGCCGAUUCACCAACUGGUGGGUCAACUGGUCAAUCAGCAGCUGCUCCAGUCCUACCAUCAAUGCCUCCUAUCACUGGUAAUGUUGAUCCUUCAAAGAUUGAUGAGAUUCGUAGAACCAUAUAUGUGGGGAAUCUAUCAAGCACAUUGCAUGCGGAUCAGGUUAUGAAUUUCUUUCAAACUUGUGGUGAAAUAAAAUAUGUUAGAAUGGCAGGAGAUGAAACGCAACCAACACGUUUUGCUUUUGUAGAGUUUGCUAAUCCCGAGUCAGUACAGGUUGCUUUGCAGUACAAUGGUGCAAUGUUUGGUGACCGGCCGAUAAAGGUUAAUCACAGUAAAAAUGCAAUAGUUAAGCCACAAGGUAAAGCUCCUGAUGUAGCUCAGAGAGAAGUUGAUGAGGCCAUGAGGAAAGUGAGACAAGCCAGCCACUCCAUUACUAAUGUCAUUGAACCAGGUGCCAAUAAAAACGAAGAAAAAGAGAAACGAUCUCGUUCCAAGUCUCGCUCAAGGUCGAGAUCACAAGAGAGAAAACAUGAGAGAAGGAGACACCGUUCACCAUCACCUUAUGAAAGGAGGAAGAGGAGGAGCUACUCAAGAUCACCUAGACGAUACAGUAGGAACUGGAGAGAUUACAGAGGUGGGAGUGGUUACAAAAGAGGUCAUCGAUCUCGUUCUAGGACUCCGCCUCGUCACUCCUACCACUCACACCGUUCCUCCUAUCGUCACCGGUCACCUGAUAAAGAUAGAAGGAGACACUCGCGAUCAAGAAGCCGUUCAAGAUCUCAUUCACCAAGAAGGAAAUCAUCAUCAAGACGUAAGGAUAGAGUGAGGGAUUAUUCCUACAGUCCUAGUCCAGAG